UAUCUCGAGGUUGCGGACACAGAAAUGUGAAAAGAUUUUUUAAGCUCCAAAAGUUUCCUUGACGACUGACUCAAUCAGUACAGACAACUGUGUGUAUAUAAAACAAACCACUGGCUGGUCCAUUACAGAAUCGCAGUGAUCAGGACGCAGUGCAGAUCGGCAUCAUGAAGAUAAUAUUUUUUGUUCUGUUCGCUGUGGUUGGUACCCAUGCGGGGAUCCUCGCUCCCCUGGCGCCCUCUGCCUACCCUCUAGCCGUCCCAGCAGCGGGGCACGCUUAUGACUAUUACGCAUACCCUCGCUAUGCUUUCGACUACGGUGUGAACGACCCUCACACAGGAGACAAGAAGAGCCAGUGGGAGACUCGUGACGGGGAUGUGGUGAAGGGAUCGUACAGCCUGGUGGAACCUGAUGGUACAGUCCGCACUGUUGACUACACUGCUGACGACCACAAUGGAUUCAACGCCGUUGUCCACAAAACUGGCCUAGCUGUCCAUCCUGUGACCCCUAUAUACAAAGGCUAUGGGGGCUACGGGGGCUACGGAGGCUACGGUUAUGGUGGACUUGGCGGUUAUGGUGGAUACGGUGGUUAUGGCGGCUACGGUGGGUAUGGUGGCUAUGGUGGUUAUGGAGCCCACGAUGGUUACAGUGGUUACUACUGAUCCCGAAAUCCAAGUUGGAAUGCCGGAGCGUUAAGGACGGAAAACGAUAAAUUUCACAGGUCUCCGCGAGGUCCCUGAGUGGAUGUUUGUACGUAAUUAUGUACUCACAUCUCGCUGUCCAUGUUACGAAUGACUGUAAACUGCUCUAAAAUUGCCACUGGCCUUUCGUAACCAUUUUCAUUACGUGUUUUCUAUCAUAUACUUUUAAUUGUUGGCGUGCAUAAACAAAGUUGUUUAAAACUGAACAAAUACAUCACUAAAUGUGGCAAUGCAUUGUAUAAUGUCAAUAUUGGU